AUGAUUCAAUUAGAAGAAAGAGAAAUUCCUGUGAUUCCAGGUAACAAACUAGAUGAGGAAGAAACCAAGGAAUUACGGUUGAUGGUUGCUGAGCUAUUAGGAAGAAGACAUACUGGGUUCCCCGGUUCACAGCCGGUUUCAUUUGAGAGAAGACAUUUAGAAGAAACAUUGAUGCAAAAGGAUUACUUUGUAUGCGAGAAAACAGAUGGAUUAAGGUGUUUGUUGUUUUUAAUUAAUGACCCCGACAAAGGUGAAGGUGUGUUUUUAGUUACUCGAGAAAAUGACUAUUAUUUUGUCCCCAAUAUCCAUUUCCCGUUAUCUAUUAAUGAAACCCGUGAGAAACCAACCUAUCAUCAUGGUACUUUGCUAGACGGUGAGUUGGUGUUGGAAAACAGAAAUGUCAGUGAACCUGUUUUACGAUAUGUUAUAUUUGAUGCCUUGGCCAUAAACGGAAAGUGUAUCAUUGAUAGACCAUUACCCAAACGAUUGGGAUAUAUAACCGAAAAUGUGAUGAAACCAUUUGAUAAUUUCAAGAGACAUAAUCCAGAUAUUGUCAAUUCCCCGGAUUUCCCAUUUAAAGUCGGAUUCAAAACAAUGUUGACUUCUUACCAUGCUGAUGAUGUAUUGAGCAAGAUGGAUCAAUUGUUCCAUGCCUCAGAUGGAUUAAUUUAUACCUGUGCCGAAACACCUUAUGUUUUCGGAACCGACCAAACUUUGCUAAAAUGGAAGCCUGCUGAAGAGAACACCGUUGAUUUCCAAUUAGAAUUUGUUUUCAAUGAAGUACAAGACCCGGACUUGGACGAAAGAGACCCAACAUCAACUUACCUAGAUUAUGAUUCCAAACCAAAUUUGAUAAAAUUGAGAGUGUGGCAAGGCAGCAAUGUACAUACUGAUUUUGCUAAGUUAGAUCUAUCAGACGACGAUUGGGAGCGAUUGAAAGCACUAGAGCAACCAUUGCAAGGUAGAAUCGCUGAAUGUCGCCAAUCUACAACUAAAAAGGGAUACUGGGAAAUGCUUCGAUUUAGAAACGAUAAAAGUAAUGGAAAUCAUAUUAGCGUGGUAGAAAAGAUUUUGGUAUCGAUUAAGGAUGGUGUUAAAGAGAAAGAGGUCAUUGCUUGGUGUCCCAAAAUAUCAAAGGCCUGGAAAAAGAGAGAGAAUGAUAGAAGACAGAAGCAUUCCAAUGGAGUUGCCCGUCCAGCCUCUAUACUGCACGACGAACCACUACGGAAGAAAAUCAAAACAGAGACAAAUGGUAAUGGACACCGCACACCUCCAAAACAAGAACAAGAACAAGAACAAGAACAACAGCAACAGCAACAAGUACUUAAUGACAUACCCACUUAUGAAGAUAGUGAUGACGAAUAA